GAUUGGCCCGGGGGAGGCGGAGGGGUAGGCUGCGCGGGAGGCCGAGAGGGGGCAGCAGGCGAUGGCGGCGGCGACGGCGGCGGGUCGGCUAGGCUGGUUGCUCGCCGCGCUCUACCUGGGCAACGCCGCUGGGGAGGCGGCGUCGGGCCCGCGAGUGCUGGGUGUCUGUCUGGAGGAGGACGGAGCGGCGGGCGCGGGGUGGGCGCGCGGAGGGGAGAUGCGGGCCGCUCCGGAGGCCACCUUCCGCCUGCGCCUCUUCGGCUCGGGCUUCGCCAACAGCUCCUGGUCCUGGGUGGCCCCUGAAGGGGCGGGUUGCCCCGAGGGCGGGCCGGCCGCGGCGUCCGACGAGGCGGCGGCCCCCACGGGCGAGUGGCGCGCGCUGCUGCGCCUGCGCGCUGAGGUUGUGCUCCCGCACUCGGCGCUGCUGGCGGUGCGCGGGGAGCCGAGCGGCGCGGCGGCAGAAGAGGCGGCGGCCCCCACGGGCGAGUGGCGCGCGCUGCUGCGCCUGCGCGCCGAGGCCGUGCGCCCGCAUUCGGCGCUGCUGGCGGUGCGUGUGGAGCCGGGCGGCGGGGCAGCCGAGGAGGCGGCGCCGCCCUGGGCUCUGGGCCUGGGGGCGGCGGGGCUGCUGGCGCUGGCGGCGCUGGCGCGGGGCCUGCAGCUGAGCGCGCUGGCGCUGGCGCCGGCCGAGGUGCAGGUGCUGCGCGAGAGCGGCUCGGAGGCGGAGCGUGCGGCGGCGCGGCGCCUGGAGCCCGCGCGGCGCUGGGCCGGCUGCGCCCUGGGCGCGCUGCUGCUGCUGGCCAGCCUGGCGCAGGCGGCGCUGGCUGUGCUGCUGUACCGCGCGGCCGGCCAGCGCGCCGUGCCCGCCGUGCUCGGCAGCGCGGGGCUCGUGUUCCUGGUGGGCGAGGUGGUGCCGGCCGCCGUGAGCGGGCGCUGGACGUUGGCGCUGGCGCCGCGCGCGUUGAUCCUCAGCCGCCUGGCAGUGCUGCUCACCUUGCCCGUGGCGCUGCCCGUGGGCCAGCUGCUGGAGCUGGCGGCGCGGCCAGGGCGGCUGCGCGAGCGCGUGCUGGAACUGGCGCGCGGCGGCGGCGGCGACCUCUACAGCGAUCUCAGCAAGGGCGUUCUGCCCUGCCGGACCGUGGAGGACGUGCUCACGCCCCUCGAGGACUGCUUCAUGCUGGACGCCAGCACCGUGCUGGACUUCGGCGUCCUGGCCAGCAUCAUGCAGAGCGGCCACACGCGCAUCCCCGUGUACGAGGACGAGCGUUCCAACAUCGUGGACAUGCUCUACCUCAAGGACUUGGCCUUCGUGGACCCCGAAGACUGCACGCCGCUCAGCACAAUCACCCGCUUCUACAGCCACCCACUCCACUUCGUCUUCAACGACACCAAGCUGGACGCCGUCCUGGAGGAGUUCAAACGAGGGAAGUCCCACCUGGCCAUCGUGCAGAAGGUGAACAACGAGGGCGAAGGUGACCCCUUCUACGAGGUGCUGGGCCUGGUCACCCUGGAGGACGUCAUCGAGGAGAUCAUCAAGUCCGAGAUCCUGGAUGAGUCUGAUAUGUACAGAGACACCGCGGUGAAGAAGAAGCCCGCGUCUCUGAGCGCCCCCCUCAGGCAGAAAGAGGAAUUCUCCCUGUUCAAGGUGUCUGACGAUGACUAUAAAGUGAGAAUCUCGCCUCAGCUGCUCUUGGCCACCCAGCGCUUUCUUUCCCGAGAGGUGGAUGUAUUCAGCCCGCUGCGAAUCUCCGAGAAGGUCCUGCUGCACCUGCUGAAGCAUCCCAGCGUCAACCAGGAAGUGAGGUUUGACGAGAGCGACCGCCUGGCCGCCCACCACUACCUGUACCAGCGCAGCCAGCCGGUGGACUAUUUCAUCCUCAUCCUGCAGGGCAGGGUUGAGGUGGAGAUCGGGAAGGAGGGCUUGAAGUUCGAGAAUGGGGCCUUCACCUACUACGGAGUGUCCGCCCUGACGGCGCCGUCCUCGGCUCACCAGUCCCCGGUGUCCUCGCUCCAGUCCAUCCGCCACGACCCGCCGCCCGAGCCCGCCGAAGGCGCCCGCCUGUCUGCCUACUGUCCUGACUACACCGUGAGGGCCCUCUCUGACCUGCAGCUCAUCAAGGUUACGCGGCUGCAGUACCUCAACGCACUCCUGGCCACCCGAGCCCAGGCCGUGCCGCAGUCCCCUGAGAAUGCGGACCUCCAGGCCGUCCCAGGCAGCCAGACCCGGCUCCUUGGUGACAAGACAGCCGCAGCCACAGGUGAAGAGUCGGAGGCCGGGAGAGACGGGCACUCUGGCUUGGAGACUGGGCGCACCCUUGGUUACCGGACCCACGUUUGAGAAGGGAAACGUGUUUUUAUAAUGGAAAGGUGCUUCCUGAGCUGCGUCGGUGGCUCCACUCCUGCGAGCUGCAUCUGUGGUGCUGGUGAAGGACCCUGGGGGGUUGUGUUGGGUCCCGGAUCCAGGCCUGGUCGCAGUCCUUUUGGAAUGAACGGACCCUUCGUUCACCUCUUAGGGCGGAGCCCGCUCCUCUGUUUACCCACCGUGACGGUCUUUUAUGUUGUGCGGCACCCCUCACACAGAGGUUCGCACCAUCACGUUAGACUCGGGUCUCGAAAGCCAGGACGCUUUUGGUUUUCAAAACGUGAGCCUCUUGGUUUUGGUUUUCUCACGUGUGAGCCUCUCCUGGCUCCGUGCGCCACACAGAGUGCACAGGUUGUGUAUAAGGUACAAACUUGAUCUAAGAAUCCUGGUUUUUCCCUUCAUUUCAUCUUUUGUCACGUACCCAGAGGUUUUUUAAUCUUUUGUGGCUUCAGCGGCUCGUGAGGCAGUCCUCUGAGAGAACCGUUUUUAGUGGCUCAUGGGUCAUUUCCUCUUUGUAACGGAUUACCAACCAGCCCCUGUUCUGUAGUCACGAUGUUGGUGAUUUUCCCCUCAGUGCGGCCUGACAUUGGCCCUGGGCGGCCCUCAGGGUCUUGCACUUUAUCUCUGCUCACCUGUUGCUUCGCUGCCUGGGGAGCUCAGUGUCGCUACACGUGUUGGACGUGUCCCCGGGGUGCUGCUGAAACGGUGCAGGUCAGUCAGGGCCAUCCUCUGGGUGACUCUGGCUCUAGCUUCCCCAGCAGAGACGUGUCUGAAAUGCUUGGAAAGCACGAUGACUUUGAGCUGCCUUCAGCCGGGUCGGCAAAUGGCAUGAGGGCCAAAUCUGCCUGUCCUCGUAACGUUUUACUGGAGGUGCCCGUCUGCUGAGGGAUUGUACUCGGCUGCUGGUGGAGUUGCCUCGUUGCCCCCGAGGCCUGCAAAGCCUAAGAAGACUGGCCCUUUACAGAAACACCUUCCGGAACCCUGGUCCGCUGCUUCACAUUCGGAAAACCCCCUCCACAUCGAUCAGUCCCAGAGCGGGAUUCCCAGGGAGAGUCUG